AUGCCUUCCCAUCGCAUGUCUAUGAGUUUCACCAGCCCAUCUGACGCACUAGGAUCAGUGACCAAGGUACUUGCAAAGCACCAAAGCGAUGACUACUUUACAUACGAGCGUGACGGACACUGGUACAUAGGGCUUGGAAGUCAAUCCUCAUUACUGAUUGACCCUAAGGGAGAGACAAUAACUGUUAUUACGGGAGCAGAAGAAACAUCACGUGCCGUUGACAAAACCUCGACCACUGAUAUCGUGAGGGAUUUUAUUUAUGAGAACUCGAAAUAUGGGAGCAAGAUACAUGGCCAAGUGGGAUUCAACUACGCUGCUCUUAUCCGUGGCCAAACAUUCAAUCACGGCCGCUGGCCCCUUCUUAGCCUAAUGGUACCGCGAAACGAAAUUACUGUCUGUCAACAUGAUGUUACUGUUGCGGGAUAUGACGAGGAAGAAGUGCAAAACCUAUAUUCUUUGAUCAAGCAUGAUACCCCCAGCUUCGACCUUGACUAUUCUCGGAAUAACGUCAAUAUCAACACACAAGACACCGCCGACAAAUACACUGGUCUGGUCAAAAAAGCGUUAUCGGACAUAGCCCAGGGGCAGUACACAAAAGUCAUUGCCUCUCGGGUCGUGGAAAUCGGGCACAAGGUCGAUAUGCCGGCAACCCUUCUUCUUGGGCGACGCUCAAAUAACCCUGCCCGAAGUUUUUCCUUCAAUCAUAACGGCCAUGAAGCUACAGGUUUCAGUCCAGAGCUUGUAUUGUCGGUGAAAAAAGGAAAAGUAGUCACUGAACCAUUAGCAGGGACUCGGUCCUGUGAAGGAACGAAUGAAGAAAUUGCACAGCUGCGACAAGAACUGCUCAACGACCCAAAAGAAGUUCUGGAACAUGUGGUAUCAGUCAAAGAAGCAAUAGAAGAGCUGGGCCGACUGUGCCCACCAGAUUCUAUCACAGUUGAAGAUCUGAUGUCGGUCAGGGCACGUGGCUCCGUCCAGCAUAUAGGGUCUCGGGUUGGCGGGAUGCUCUCGCCUGAUAAGGAUAUAUGGGAUGCAUUUGAUGUCCUAUUUCCAUCCAUCACAGCCUGCGGUAUUCCGAAGAAUGCAGCUAUCGAGGCCAUUCAACGCUUGGAAGAUCGCCCAAGGGAGCUUUACUCCGGCGCUAUUCUCCUGGUUGAGGGUCUGGAAACCAUGGAAGCAGCACUUGUUCUCCGCAGUGCAUUCCAGGAUACUAGUCGCCAGUGGAUCCAAGCUGGAGCCGGCAUCAUUUUACAGUCAAAUCCGCAACGAGAAUUGAGGGAGACUCAUGAGAAACUGGCAAGUAUUGCGCCAUUCGUGGUUCCCAAGGCUGCAUAG